AUGAAGGCAAAGGUACAGCUAACGACAUACCUCACCAGGCUGCUUCUGAAGUGUCUUUAUCAUUUCUCUGCCUUUCCAGCUGGAGGGAAAGACAUAUCACAAGGAAACAAUGUUGUAACAUUUCAAGAAGUAUUCACUCAGCUGGUGUGUAACCUUUGUUCUUGUAAAAACAGAGUCGAGGAGCUGCUACAGACAAAUGAACUUCAGUGCCUUAUAACAGCAAUGGCUUCGCAUUGGGAUCAGAUGAGACCUGCUUGGAGAGUACACACAGCCUGUGUGCUGCGAACCAUUUCAGCCAUUCAGACUAAAAACACAGUCAUGCACUUGGAAGCUAUAAAAUGUGUUCGAAUGGGAAUUAAUAGUUUGUCAACAAAAGUGGAGCAAUUUCGUGUUUGGGAGCUGGCUGAAGUCGCAGUGUGCAUAUUCAGUUUUGUGACAGAGUCCUACCCCAUUUCCCCUGCAUUGCUUAUACAAUUUGAAAAUAACAAUGGCUAUCAAUUACUAAUGGAACUGCUACUCUUGUGUGACAAGGAUCAGGAUGAAGACCACAUGAAGCCCAUCAAUGACUUGGUGGAUCUCUUAGCUAGGUUCACUGUCUGUGGGCAUUCAGAACUGAAGGUUGCUUUUUCUGCUACGAACCCACAACUUGCAGACUUUCAGUUUGAGCAACCAUCUCGAUCAGGCAAUACAGUGAAAAAUAUUCAGUCAUUUAAAGUGCUACAGUCUGUUUUUGAGAAGAUUAACACUACAUUUGUCAACAUGAAGAUUUUAUCAGCUCUAGAGACAAUCUGGACUUGGGACAGGACUAAUUUCUUUUUGCUGGAAUUUACUCUGCAGCCUCUUUGCCAUUUUGCUGAGCUUAUUUGUUCGAAAUCACCUCCUGUCCAAAUGAAAUACUUUAAGUUGCUGGAGUAUGUUGUCUACCAGUUGUCCUACAUUCCUCAUGAGGCAUUAAAAAAGACUCAGUCUCUCAUAAAAGAAAAUAAGUCCUCCACUUGUACGUUGGCUGCACUAGAAUGUUUCCACAAUUUAACUGUCCAUGACUCAUUAUUUAGUGAGAUUUUUCGAGAUUCUGGACUUCUAGGAAUGUUGCUAGCACAGUUACGGAAUCAGGCAAAGAUCCUUCGUAAAUCAGGGAGUUUGUCAGCGUGUGAAUCAGACUGUGACCGUGCUCUCACAGGCAUGAUGCUAAAGACAGUAUCUGCUUUGCUCCAGGAAUCAGUGCGGAAUACUGUUAUCCUAAAGGAUUAUGGAAUGGUUCCAUACAUUAAGAUCUUCCUAGAUGACCAGCGUUACCGUAUAAGCACACUCUGCAUUUUGGAGCAGCUUGCUAUUGUAAAUACAGAAGAAUACAUGAGUAUUGUCAUAGGCGCCUUGUGUUCAUCAACCCAAGGAGAAAUGCAGCUCAGACUAGACCUACUUCAGUCACUUCUUUUCAUCCUAGAAUCCCCAAAGGGCUGUGCAGCUUUCAGGACUGCAGGAGGAUUUGAUGGAUUGCUCUCUAUACUUGCUGAUAUGGAGGGAGCCUUAAGCUAUCCACCCACAGAUAUUUGGGCCUCAGUUGAAGAAGAUGCAAUCUUGAACCUGAUUCUUUUCAUCCUUUGUAUCAUUACAGCUGCAAUGCACAUGGAUCCUGUCAACAUGCACUAUUUCAAGAGUAAUCAUCACUUUGAAAAGAUGAAGGAUUACAUCAGUCUCCUAGGUUGUUUUAACAAACAAGGGCAGAUUAAAAGCACAGAAGGCCUGUCAGAACCCAGAACAUUUGAAGUACUGUCAAAUAUUGCUUCAAAAUCUUUUGAACAGUUCCCCAAAUGUCUGAGGAGUUGUUUAAAAAUAUUAAACUUUCUUGAUCAAAUAGCUCAAGGUACCUUCCAUUCGCAGAGCUACUCUGAAGUAGCAAGGCAGACACAUGGAUCUGAUGAACAGACUGUUGACAGAAAGAACAGUCUUCCAGAUGGGUACUGUGGUUCGGUUUUCCUGGAACCUAUGGAUAAAAUGGCAACUGGUCACCAUAGUUUACUUGCCAUUGAGGGCAGGACAAUGGCUGAUAUAGUGAUUGCUCACCCAGGAGCUGUCUGUGUUAUUGUGAGCCUCCUCCCAAACUUGGUGGAUGAACAGAACCUCGGGCUUUCAAAAGAACUGCAGUGUGCAGUUAUAAAUCACAUCCAGUCCUUUGUAAAAAAUGAGAAAAACCGACAAAUCAUGUGUGAAGCUGGGUUGUUAAACGCACUUAUUACUCAUUGCCAUGAUCUACUAACAAACAAAGAUGAUCCGCUGUAUUUAGGUGUUACCCGGAUUUUUGAGAAGCUUGCUUCACAGGCCAUUGACCCAAUUAUUUUAAGGCAUUUCCUUCGUUUAGGUUCCCCAUUAAAUUGUGCAUUUGGAGAAGAAGGCUUACCUUUGGCAUACUGUGAAAGGCAUCCUGAUCUUCAAGGGCAGAAUACAAAAGCUGAAGUGAAAAAUCCACAGCCUAUUCUCAGACUUUUGCAUGCUCCUAAAGGUUCUGCUGUUGCAUCCCAGAGGAUUGUGAGUCUCGUUACCAUGACUUCACCUCGAAGCUUUCACCAGAACCAAAUAUCUAUAACACCAUCAUUUGUAGAGUUUGACAUGUCUGCGAAUGGAUAUGGGUGCCUUUUUUUCCCUACUCUUGCUACAGUAACAGGAGGAAAUGUUGAACCAGUAGUAACAGGAGGACAUGGUGGAGGUUGCCGUGGGUUCCCUUCUGCUACGGGCCUUACAUUCUCUACCUGGUUCCUUGUAAACAAGUGCAUAUCAUGUGCUGAGAGUCAUCCUAUUUACUUUCUCACAGUUAUUCGCCAUAUGUCUCGAGUUGAACAAGACUUUGUCUGUCUGAGCAUCAGCUAUUCAGCUCGGGAUCAGACCUUAAUUAUUUCUACAGAAGAAGAAGUAUUUCAGUCACUAGAAAUGAUGGAGCCAGAGACUAUCAUACCAUCCCCGGAACCAGCUCGCAUUCAGUUUAAAUCCCCAAAACUCAUGGGAACAGGACAGUGGAAGCAUUUGGUCGUGACUCUUACAAAAGAAGUGAAGAAGAGAUGCACUGCUACAGCCUACCUGAAUGGUCAGAUAAUAGGAUCUGUUAAGAUGCAAUAUAUACAGCCUUUCCCAGGAACCAUCCUAUCUCUGGACCCAUCUGCCAUGGUUGAUGUUUAUGGCUUCAUUGGUACCCCUCCAGUCUGGAAAGAGAGCUCAUCCCUGUGUUGGCAGUUAGGGCCAACCUACAUGUUUGAAGAAGCUGUCACUUCAGAAACUGUUGGUAUCAUUUGCCGUCUGGGCCCGAACUACCUGAGCAAUUUUCAGGCAGUCUCAUCAGAAGGGGUGGAUUUUUCAGGAGAGUCAAUGACUUGUUCGCUUGUGAGUGAAGAAAAGAUCAUGUUUGGAAUAAAUCCUGUCACAUCAUCUGUUACCACUAUUACAGAUAUUAAAACAUUCUAUAAUGAAGUUGAUAGCAGACAGAUUGCAAAAGAGAUGGGGGUUGCAUCACGUGAUAAUAUAAUGCCUGUAUUCCUAACCAGAAAUACUGCAGCACAUUUAUCUGGUCCUGCUCGAACAUUAGGGGCUGUAGCUCUGGGGCAUUUAGGAGUUCGGGUAUUCCGGUCUAACCCAGCAGCCAGAAGCCUGAACUUUAUUGGUGGUCCAGAUGUUUUGCUUGGGUUGGUAGCUAUGGCAGCUGACGAUCAUGCUAUAUAUGCAGCCAUAAAGGUCUUUCUCUGCAUCCUGAACAGCAGCCCAGCUUCACAGAAUUUAAUGAAACACAAUAGUGGCUACAAGUUGUUGGCAUUUUUGCUGAAAAAGAAGAUACGACUGCUCAACAACAGAAUAUUCCAGCUCAUCAUCUCUAUUACUGGCACUGUGGACUUAGGCUUUGGCUCAACAGUCAUCCAGAACCGUGAUGCAUUUCGAGAUCUACUCUGUGAUUUUGAGAUAUGGCUGAAUGCACCAGAAAAGUUGGAUCUUGCACUAUUUUCACAUUUGGAAGACCUUUUCAAGCCUCCAAGUGAUGGAACCAAGAAUGCAGAGAUUGCUCACCAGCUGCAGUUGGUGCCAAAAUUAAUUUUCUUGCUUAGUGAUCCAAGCAUGACAGGGUCAAAAGUUAUCAGCAUAUGCAAUAUCCUGACCCAUCUUUUAAAAGGCCACUUCAACACUCAAGAUUUUCUUAGGAUUGGACUAUUUGUGGUUUAUACAUUAACACCGGAUUUUUUGGAUGAAAAAAACAUUUCACUGAAUCAGAUUUCAGACAUUUCAGUAGGCGCAGUAAGUCAUGUAUCUGGGAAAACAGUAUGGCUGAGGAACAAGUUACUGGAAGUGCUAAUAGAAGCAGUCUGUUCAGAUACUCUUCCUUUUUGUUCACAGAAAGAGGAAGAAGUAUUUUCAGCUUUGGGGUUAGACUGGUUCCUGCUUUUGAUUCAAAGUCACAUUCAUCAAAGUACUGUGGUGCUGGCGACAAAGCUUCUGUUGUACUUUCUGCACAACCCUAUUCUGUUAGGAAAGUUCCAAGACCGUCUUGAGGUGGGGAUCUGGAUAAAGAAGAGUGUUGAUGACCUAAACUUAUUGAUGGACAACUUGAUAUGUAGGUCACAGAUUUUGGAAUACAGCUCCUGCUUUGUUCUGGGAUUUCAAGUGUUACAGGAGUUCUUAUGUCACCAUGUUGACAUCCCUGAUGUGUACUUGUAUCUAGCAGCAUUGUUGAUGCAGAAAUCUGCAUGCACCAUACCAGAUGAAUCUAAGGACCUUGAUUCCAUGCUGCAGUGGCUGUUGGAGAUCCCUGGAAAUGAAUUUACCCAGAAGCUGGGACUCUGUACAAGUGCAGCCCUGGUUCUUCUUGAGAUGUUGAAGUGCAUCAUUAAUAAGCCAACAACAAGCGAAGAACAUUCAUGGCAGAUGACCUAUCCUGGGAGUGUGAUGCAGUUUUUCUGUCUUCUGUACCAUUCCUUUCCUGCAGAUCCCAUGUGGUAUCAAUCUGAGUUUCUGCACACCUUGGCUUCCACUGUAUUUCCUGCUGCAUCUUCAGUGACCAGCUGUGCCUCUUUAUCAGUAGACAGUCCAGUGGUUGCUGAAGGCAGUAAUGAUGAAUUUGCUGUGUCCCAGUUGUUGCAUCCAGCAAGGAAGCAGGUUUAUGAUUUCAUCCGCAUUCUGCUAAUGGAUAGCUUAUCUCGGUUUUCAGUUCAGAAACAGCAACAUCCCUUAGAUAUAAUUCUGGAGGCAUCACCAGAUAGUGCAACAAACGAUCAAAAGAAAAUAUUUCAGUCAAAAAUUCUAUUGUCUGUCAUGGACAUUCUGCACAUUCUCAACCAAGAUGGCAGCGAAUCUGAAAGAAUGAGACGAGAUGGAACUAAUGACCCUGCAGAUGGAAAUCAAACAUCUUUUUGGAAUGUUGCAUACUUUAGUCAAAAACUUGUGGAAAAGUUUUACACUGGGAUGCUGGAAUGUGAACCCACAAGAGUUUUGCUGUUUAUCACAGACCAGAUUGUGAUGGUAACAGAAAAUGUCCAUUGCCAGCGAGAUCAAAUCAUGGUCAGUUUGUAUAGCAGCUUAAAUCGAGCUGUUCUUUUCUCCCUAUCCCGAUCAAGACAGUCAAUAGGGGAUGUCAUAUGUCUUCUGGAUACAUUGAAGAUACUACAGGAGCAGUGGGAUAUAAUUUUUGCAACAUACAACUCCAAUAUGAGCUUUAUUGUAUGCUUCAUUCAUUGUCUUCUUCAGAUUAGAUCUGGCAGUUACCCUGAUGGAUUUGGACUGGAGGCAACUUCCAAGAUGGUAAAGUGGCAUCAUGAUUUCCAAGGCAUUAUUGGCAAGAGAGAACAAGUGGUGUUACCCAAAGCAUCUGAUGUUAAGCAAGAUAUUCUGAAAGCUGUAGAAUCUGUGUGGAAUCAGUUGAUGGCUCAGAGAAGACAGUCCCUGGAGGACACUUACAAAAUUUGUUUGUCUGUGAAACAAGGUACCAGAGAGAGUCAGGUGAACAUUAAUGAAGUGACACCUCUUUGGGAAGAAGCAGCAGCCAAGGCCUGGCAGCAACAUCUUGCAACUGAAAAGAAGAAUCUGUCAAACCGGGGUGCAGCAGCUCUUUUACAAGCACCACAGUCACCUAAACCACGAAGCAGCAGUCUCACAGCAGCUGUGACUUCAAUAAAGAAAAAGUUUACAAGGGGAGUGGAAUGCAAAAUUCAGGACCUGACAGUAUUAAUGGAUACAUACAGGGAAACUGGACAAGAAAUAUUUUCGUAUCUCUACAAAGAGCAUCUCCAGAUGCUGCAGUGUAGUUUUAACAAAACAGCUCAACAAUGGACAAAGGUGGAAGUGCAGCUUCUUCGAGAGCGGGGCCUCUGGGGUCCUACAUCUAGGACAGUUUAUGGCAAAUGGGUGCUUGAUCCAUGUGAAGGUCCUAGUCGAAUGAGAAGAAAGAUGAAGCAUACCUAUGCAUGUAAUACAGUUCCAGAUGAGGGAACACAGAUUGACCAGAAUCAGCUGGCAGGUGUUCAAGUUCAGCUAAAACAAAACCAGCACGGCAACAUUUUGAAUGAAAACCAAAUAGUAACAGAAGGGACAGAGAUGAUACAGUCUCCCCUAGAAAGUGUGCCAGGUGAAGACAAGGGAGAUGGCUGCCGGCUUACUUUCUUUCCAGCCUUGCGAGAUGGCAUUCCAAGUGAAGACUUCUUUGAAAAGUGUACAGAAAGGCAAGUUAUUCUUCAGGAGCUAGCAGAAACAGAAAAGAUUUCCUUGAAGUGCUCUAUUGUGGUAGUUUGUGGACACAUCAUUUUGGAAGGAGUGUUGUUCUUUGGACACGAACACUUUUACAUAUGUGAAAACUAUAUUCUGUCUGCCACAGGAGAUGUAUACUGCACAGACCACCGUCCAUCCAGCAUUCAGGACAGCUUUAUUUGCAGUAUUGUAUGUAGAGACACAAGUGCAGACAGACACAAGUGCUUUCGGCUUUCUUACAGUCAUAUAAAAGAGGCACAUCUUAUGCGAUUCCUAUUGCAGGACAUUGCACUGGAACUAUUUCUUAAAGAUGGAUACUCCAAAUUCCUUGUUUUCCCACACCGUGAUAGAUCAAAAGCUUUCAAAAAGUUUUGCACUGCAGUGCCUGCUUUGAAAGGGAAAGGUAUAACAGAGGCAAGCAUCAACUUAAGGAAGAAUCCUGGGGGUGACAAGUCAGUUCUUCAGAAAUGGCAGAAAGGAGAAAUUAGCAAUUUCGACUACCUUGUGUUCCUCAAUACACAGGCUGGCAGAACCUACAGUGAUCUCAUGCAGUAUCCAGUCUUUCCAUGGAUUCUUUCAGAUUACACAUCUGAGUAUCUGGAUUUCAAUAAUCCCAAAACAUUUCGUGAUCUGUCAAAACCCAUGGGGGCACAGACUAAAGACAGGAGAGCCAAAUUUAUCCAGCGAUACCAUGAAGUUGAAAAUAAUGAUGGUCCUCUCUCUGCUCAAUGUCAUUACUGUACACACUAUUCAUCAGCAAUCAUAGUGGCAUCCUACUUGGUUCGUAUGGAGCCUUUUAAUCAGACAUUCUGCUCAUUGCAGGGUGGUACAUUUGAUGUUGCAGACAGAAUGUUUCACAGUGUGAAACAUGCAUGGCACUCUGCUUCCAGAGACAAUAUGAGUGACGUCCGAGAACUAAUCCCAGAAUUCUUCUAUCUCCCAGACUUUUUAGUAAACCUCAACAACUUUGAAUUUGGAUGCAUGCAGGAUGGCACUACGCUGGAUGAUGUUGAACUUCCUCCCUGGGCAAAAGGAGACCCACAGGAGUUCAUAAGGAUACAUCGACAGGCUUUGGAAAGCGACUAUGUUAGUGCCAAUCUGCACCACUGGAUUGAUCUUAUCUUCGGCUACAAGCAACUGGGAACUGCAGCUGUUGAAGCCAUCAAUGUUUUUCAUCCCUAUUUCUACAGAGAGCAAGCAGAUCUGAGCAACAAUGACCCAAUGAUAAGGAACACUAUUCUGGGAUUUGUUAGUAAUUUUGGACAAAUUCCCAAGCAGAUUUUUACCAAACCUCAUCCAGCAAAAAUCAUACCAGGGAAGAGUACCUCUGGAAAAGAAGCUGCAUCCUCAGCAAGUUCCACUGGCUCUUCUCAGCCUUUCUUCUACAACAUUCAAAGCCUGAAACCCUCAGCUAUCCCAAUUAAAGAAUUACACAAAGGAGCAGUGGGACACAUUGUCUGCACAGAGAAAGGCAUGCUGGCUGUCGAACAAAACAAAGUGCUUAUUCCUCCUAAGUGGAACAAAACCUUUAGCUGGGGCUUUGAUGACUUGACAUGUUGCAUAGGAAAUUAUGGAUCCGAUAAGAAUAUUGCUGUAUUUGAAAGCUUGGCUGAAUGGGGGGCAUGUCUUUGUGCAGCAUGCCCAACCUCAACCACCAUCAUCACAUCAGGGGCAAGCACUGUGGUGUGUGUCUGGGAGAUAUCAGUUUUCAGUGACAGGAGAAAAGGCAUAAGCCUUAAACAGGCAUUAUACGGACAUAAAGAAGCAGUAACUUGUCUAGCAGCAUCUGCAACAUACGGUGUCAUAGUUAGUGGAUCUCUCGACAGAACGUGUAUAGUCUGGGACUUAAAUCAGUUGAUCUACAUCACACAGCUUCCAGGACAUGAGACUGGGCUCUCGUGUGUUGCCCUCAAUGAUUUAACUGGUGACAUAGUCUCUUGUGCUGGUGCCCAUUUAUACAUUUGGACAGUCAAUGGACAAGCAAUAGCCAACAUUAAUACAGCCUGUGGACCUGAUGAGUAUAUUCUGUGCUGCUGCUUCAGUGAACUGAAUGAGUGGGAUUCCCACAGUGUUAUAAUUGCCGGAAGUACUGAUGGAAUAGUGAGGUUAUGGAAGCUGGAAUAUUCUGAUACAACCACAAAUGAAGACGAGACUAGCCCUUUGAGAUGCGUGUCUUCAAAAGUGCAUAAAAAAGGCAACAAAUGGGAAAAGCACCUUGUAUUGUGCAGAGAACUGAACCGGAUUGCUGUUCAGACUGGAAAGAGGAAUAGAAAUGGUCCUGCAGUGACAGCACUUGCUGUAUCCAGGAAUCACAGUAAACUUUUGGUUGGAGAUGCUUCAGGACGAAUAUACAGCUGGUCUGUAGAAGGUUAAGAAGAACGUUUCUUGAUUUUGAACUGAAGAAAUCAUCUAAUGGUCAUGAAAUACAAUCACAUUGUUCUGAUUCACCAGUUGUUUGCUAUGAGAGCUCUUCCAAGGAGAUGAACCAAAAGGAAAGACUGCAGUAAUAUUCAUGUGCAGUGGUAUUAAUUCAGCACAGUUUAUUAUACAGUAUUUUACAAAUAAAGAAACUAAACUGAAUACCGAUGAUGGCACUGUGAUCAGUGCUAAGCUGCUUCAGUACGGAUCAUUGUGUAUUCUUCUGCAUGGGAUACAGAAGUGCAGAGGAUAGGGUACCCUUAUUGAUCCUAAAUAUAUAAAUUAUAUAUACCUUAUACAAGGGGAAGCCCUGCAAUUCAUGACUGAUGUAUGUAAAACUACAUAUUACUUAAAUUCAGUGCCUUAUGGUCUAAGUAUUACAGCAGUCCUGGAAAUGUAUAAUCGACUUAUUCAUACUAACUAUUCCUUUUCAUGUUUUCAGCACUGCUGCCUUUUUUCAUCAGUUAUUCAGCUAUCAAGGAAUUCUUCCAGUCUGACAUAUGGUUGGAUAUUUUCUUGGCUAACUAUACAAAUUUGCUAAUGUAUGUCACUGCAGACAUACUUCCAAUAUGCUCACAUACUUUUUUAGUGUAUUGCUGUUACUGUCAACAGGUCUAAACUUUGAGUGGCUGUUACAGUUUCCCAGUGAGCUUUAAUUGCAAGACUAGAUAUGUUAGUAUAACAGUAUUACGAUUCACUCCUCUGGGAGGUCGUCACAUGCAAAAUUCAAACAGAUAUGUCACCCAAGGCAAAUGGACAGCUCAGAAGUUUUACUCAAACCAAAGGUAUUCUGGAGCCUAAUCGUUAAUAUAGUUGCUUUGAAUGGGAUAUGUUACAUUUGUGCAAAGGAUAUCUCUUUAAACUUACCUUCUUGAUUUGUAUGCCUUCAUAAACUGGAUUACAUUCAGAUAUCCCACUGCUGAAUAAGUAUGAGCAGAUGUCAUUGAGGUUACUGGAUGCGUAUACUCAAAAUUAUUUGUUUCUGAAUGCAUUUCUCCAACAAAAGUUGUCUUCUGAAAUAAUCCAUAAUAUCCAUGUUCAUUGCAACUUGAAGUUUGUUUUGCUUUCCAGGUUGUUGCCCUCUUCGAUUUGGGAGAUGCAAGUUCCAACACAGUGUAUUCAACAAGUGAAGUUCCUAUGAAGAAAAUAAAAAGAUAACUAUUU